GGUGGGAUGAAGAGUCGAACCCCGGCACUGCGAGCUUAUAACAGGAGGCUGCGCGAGCGCAGCGUUACUUUCCUCGUGCGUUUCGCCGCGGUUGCGACAGUGGCGCAGUGACAGUGAGAGUCAUGUUGUGACCCGAGACCGUCGCACGCUUCAUUAACAUGCAGUGGCUAUGGUUGACGUGUCUCCUGGUAGCGGUGUGCAGCGGCAGUGGAGAUAUUAAGGCUCCUGGACACGCAGGAAUAUCACAUUUCUGGACAGAUGACUACAAAGUGUUCGACCAAAUCUACGGAAAGACGUCCGAUAAGGAGAUCUUCGGAGUCACUGUUCCUCCUAGCAUCACCUACGGCAUAGACGCCACCAAACUCAACAAGGAGGCUUCUGAGAAGAAAGAGCGAUAUAUCAACCAUUACAUUCAUCAAGAUAUCGACGAUGAUGCGUACGAUUUCGGCAACAAAUAUACAGAGCUGCUCAAGAAACAGCAAGCCGUUAAGAACGUCAAAAAAGCAAAACCGAAAUCUCCGUUUAACUUCAUCGGCACAGAUUUCAAACCUAUAACGCAGAACAACGAUCCUUACACGUACACCUAUCUUAAACAUUUGGAACAAUUGCAAAAGUAUAAGGAAGUCCCAGAAUUAAAAGUUGGUGGAUUUAAACCUUAUAUAAAUUACGCUGAAGCCAAUCCUGAAGACACGGAUGCGUAUAAGAGUAUUCAGGAUAUUCUCGAUGCUCACGAAGCCAACAAAGGCAAGACUAAAGAUAACCGGGACACUGACGAACAAGUAAAGUACCUUACUUAUGGAGGACCCAAGACAACGAGGAGCAAAAAGCCCAAGCCGCGAGCACCACCUCCGCCCCCACCUCUGAAGACUAAGUUACAAUGUUCUUAUGGAAGGUGUAGAAAGCGAGCGGUAAACACCUACAGAGUCUUGACAAGACCUAUUGUAAGGAAAAUUAAGCACAAGAUCAUAACUUACUAAUAAAUGCAACAAUUUUUUGUAUCAGUAUUAAACACGAGAAUAGUUGGAUAUUGUGCAAUAUGUAUUAUUGUGUAAGCAUGAUUUCAUCAAAGAAGUGUUAGGUUAGACCUGAUUUUUUAAGCUGAAUAGUUAUAUAGAUUUACAAAUGCCAGUUGUUAUUUAUUUUAUUU